UUCAGACCCGCUAGUUUGUACGAUGCAAAUCAGCUUCUAGAGAGACGAUACAUUGCCGGAUUACCAACACGUACAAAGUGUUAAUUGUGUCCAUGCCUGAGUGUAUCUAGUAGAUAUAGAUACUUUUGGUAGGAAGCUGCCUGCUGCGACCGCAGAAACGCCUCACUGUCAAUCGAUAUAUCCACAGAAUCGAAUGUCUAGUACAUCGUUAACCGCUCGGGAAAAUUGUGACACAAACGAUGUGAACGCUGUAGAGUUUGUAAAAGUGGCCAUCGUUGGAGCGGGAGCUUCUGGGCUGCAGUGUGCUCACACAUUAAUUCGAGACUUUGGCUUCGCCCCGUCCGAUAUUGUAAUUUUGGAAGCGCGUGAAAGAGUAGGAGGUCGCCUUUACACCACGAUGGAAACAAGAAGAGGCCUGGAUGGAACUUCGUUGCAUUUUGCCAUGGAUCACGGUGCGGCAUGGGUACACGGAACUGGCCUCGAUUGGGAAGCUCCACUGAGUAAAGAAGAUCGCUCCUUCCCUAUGAGGAAUCCCAUGAUGGCGCUCUUGGAAAAAGCUACACCUUCAGGCGAGUCCGUAUAUGAAAGGCAUUUGAACCCGAUCUUUCUAGGCAAUCCUUGGAUGCGACCCCAAAGUAUAGCGCACGGCGCCAAUCAGAUCGUUUUGUAUGUAAAUGGACAAGAGCUCGCUAAAGAUUCACCAUUGAUCUCGUUAGCGCUUAAACGCCAUUACGCUCUUUUGGACCGUGUUUCGGAUGUUGGUAACACCAUGUUUGAACAAGGAGAAGGCAUGGAGACGACAAUUCAAAGCGUGAAAGAAACAAUUUCAAAGAUUCAAGACGAGCCAAAUUUUCGAUCGGAACUAGAACGUUUGUCCGAGGAUGACAUGGAACAGGUACUUGCUUUAACCCCUUUUUAUCUGCACAUGAUCGAGUGCUGGUACGGAAAGGAGACUUCGGAUUUACAGCUCUGCGAGUUUGUCGAUGACAAACUGAAUGACGAUAACGCCGAUGAGACAUACACUGCGGAGGGCGACUUUUAUGGACCACACUGUACCUUGAAGAAGGGUAUGAGUUCGAUUUUGGAACCUUUACUACGAGAUGGCGUGAACAAGCGGAUACGAUUGAAAGAGGAAGUCAUUAAGAUAUCCAACGAGACUAACACCGUCCUUCUAAACACGGUCUUAGGGACGCAAAUCAGGGCGAAUGCGUGCGUACUAACCCUCCCAGCUGGUUGUUUGAAAGAGACUGAAGGUAGGUACAAAUUCUUUGAACCUGCAAUGAGCGCGAGCAAGCUUGAAGCAAUCAGUCACAUGAGCAUGGGCAGCUACAAAAAAGUUUUCUUAACUUUUGAUCGUAUAUUCUGGCCGAAGGAAGAGGCGUUUCUGGGGAUGAUCCGUAAAAGCUCUUUCCAGACGUCAGAUGAGCCGCCUGGUAACUGCAUGCUUUUCGACAAUUUAUGGGCGCGAAAUGAUAUUCCUUGCAUUGAAGCUGUCCUGUCUGGAUCUGCCGGAAGCUGGGCCGUCGGAAAAAACGACGAGAUUAUUCGAGACCACGUUCUUUCAUUUAUGAAGGAUGCCAUGGGUAUCGCUGACGAAAUUUCGUCAUAUUGUCAAGACUGUCAAGUCACCCGCUGGGAAGAAGACCCUUAUAGUCGAGGCGCGUAUUCAUCGAUGUCACUUGGAGCGUUGAAUCGGCACGUGGAAGAAUUGAGAAAUCCGGAAUGGGAAGGACGCCUCAUAUUCUCUGGGGAAGCUACAGUCACAGAGUUUGCAGGCAGCGUACAUGCGGCGCUCUUUAGCGGACGCAAUUCUGCCGAGAAAGUCAACGAAUAUUGUACACUCGUAGAAGCGAAAUUAUGUUGCUCUCAGCUAGAUGAUGCGGCUGAUAAGAUUGGAUUCCUAAAGCCGUCGAAACUCAAUUGGUAGCAACUCGUUUGAAAAGAAAGGUGCCUUUCCAGUACUUCCAUUAGUGAUAAAUGUAUACUAGCUGGCAGGUUUAUUUC